AUGGAAAUCUCACAAGAUAGUCGCAUCAAACAACUAAAGGUUUUUGACGACACAAAACUGGGUGUCAAAGGACUGGUUGAUGCUGCAGCUGGUGGGUCUGUUGUUAUUCCCGAAAUAUUUAUCCGACCACCCGAUGAACUCGCCGAAGAUCUGGAACUUGCCCGAACAAGUUUACAAGUUCCAGUCAUAGAUCUCAUGGGAGUUGACGAUAAGGGAAGCUCGCCAAGAGAAAGAAUUGUUCAAGAAGUUAAGCAGGCUUCAGAAGAAUGGGGGUUUUUCCAUGUGGUUAAUCAUGGGAUACCCAUAAAAGUGCUCAAAGAAAUGCUAACUGGGGUGUCUGAGUUCAAUGAGCAGGAUCUCCAGGUUAAAAAACAGUAUUAUUCGAGGGAUCCAGAGAAGUUGGUGAGGUUCAACUCCAACUACGAUCUGUACAUGUCAAGAUCAGCUAAUUGGAGGGAUUCGCUGUUUAUCGACAUGCUGAAUUCUUAUCAUGUUGAUCCUCAAGAUCUGCCAUCUGUUUGUAGAGAUCCUACUGUCGACUACCUAAAUCAUCUGGAGAAGCUGGUACAUACCCUUUUUGAGUUAUUGUCGGAAGCUUUGGGGCUGGAAACGAACCACUUGAACCAAAUGGAAUGUGGGAAAGGUCGAAGUCUGGCUUGCCACUACUAUCCUGCAUGCCCUAUGCCUGACCAGACCCUAGGAGUCAGCAAGCACACGGAUGCUUCUUUCAUCACUGUACUUCUACAAGAUGAGAUUGGAGGACUACAAGUUCUGCAUGAAAACCAGUGGGCCGAUGUCGAACCUAUUUCUGGUUCUCUCAUUGUGAAUAUUGGAGAUCUACUUCAGAUCUUAUCAAAUGACAAGUUCAAAAGUGUGAUCCAUCGUGCGAUUGGGAAUGUAAGUCGAACAAGAACAUCGGUUGCAUGUUUUCUUGAUGGUGUGGCGACACCUCCGAAAGUUUAUGGACCGAUCAUGGAGCUUAUAACGAAAGAAAGUCCUCAGAUGUAUACCGAAUUCACAGUAAGAGACUACAUUAUUAAGUUCUUCUCCAGGGGACUUGACGAGAAGUCCGGCCUAAACCAUGUUCGGAUUUAA